UUCACAUGUAUUCACGAGUAUUCACCAAUAUUCACCCGUAUUCAACACUAUUCGGCAGGUCUAUCACGUUCCGUUUUAGCCAUGGCGCCCGAGCCCCGUUCCAACGGUCUAGACGGUACUCCGUUCCGGCGUUCCUGGCGUCCCCAGCGUUGCCAAAUUUCCACUUCCCCCACCACACCCUACGUUCCUGCUGGCUGGCCGCAAGGACAAAGCAAAUGUCGCAGCCAUCAUCGUCCAGCUCAGCUGUCUCUGCUCCCGGCUCGGUCUCAUUUGAUUUGGUGCCGUGCGACGUGCGAUUAGGUGCGACAUCGAUUGAUUUGAGAUCUUGCCACGUGUUCUUUGGUAAAAUUGAAAGCAAUUCGGAGCUAUGGCGAAUAUCGGUAAGUCUUCUUUUUUAAAUCAGCAACGUGUGUUAUAGAUUCGAGUGCCAAUCCCGAGGGUGCAACGCGCGCUCGAAGUGAAUCUGGCGCCCCCGGCCCGUCUUGGUUUUCACUUUUGGCUCUCGCAUUUCGUCAUCCGGAUUUGGUUUCGUAACUAAAUACAGCUUUAAUCAUUGUAUUUUAUUGCGCUUCCGUAAAGGUGACGACGACAGUCUCUUCGUAUUACCCGUCUCGUGACUCUUUUGCGGCUUAACCUAGUCAUUGCACGUGGUAUUCCUGUCAUUCAUUCGAUGUCGCCUUUCUACAACCGAUCGCGUGUUUUUGUUCGUUUCUCGUGGGAAACUAUUACAUCGUAGUGCUCUUGUAUUUAUUCGCAUUUCAUCAUGACGUGCUCUGUCAGCACGUGUUCGUACUCUGUACUGACAGUGCAUGCAGAUAUGCAAAUAUAUCAGAAAAGUAGCCCCUCUAACCCUUGUUUCCGUUCCAGAUCCAACAGAGAAACAAUGGAUGAGGUUGAUGGACGUGGUGGCCACGGAUAAGGAAAUGCAGGGGGACUUCCAGGGCCCGGGGGCUGCGGGACGGGUCUCAGCCAAAUGGGAGACGUUGGCGGCCACGCUCAAUGCUCUGGGUGGUGCCUUCAAGACAGGGGAAAAAUGGAAAGAGGCAUUCAACAAUCUGCGCAAUCGAGCGAAAAGGCAAUACAAUGACCGUGUUAGGUACAUGGGCGCUACUGGUGGAGGUCCCCCACCACCACAACAGCUGGGUCUAAAUGCAGUCUAUCAAAGGGUCUUGCAGUUUGUACAGAAGGAGCAGCUGCAUGGCAAUGCCGUACCUGUACCACUCCAGGGUUUUGUCUCUGUGGGUAGUACAGACAGUUAUGGAGACUAA